AUGCAACGGGCAAAGUCUGCAGUGGAUUUCUCCAGCCUGCUGAACCCAGAGGUCGCGGCGGAGACGAAUCCCAUCCUGGCGUCACACCAGCAACAGGCGCAAAUACAGGACCAACAGGCUGAAUCGGACAUGGCUACCGCUGGCCUUAUCCGUCCCAACGGGCCCCUUCCGGCGGGGGCGCCGCCCGCCGAGCAGCCCACCGAGCUCCCGCGCCCUUACAAGUGCACUAUGUGCGACAAGGCGUUCCACCGGCUGGAGCACCAGACCCGGCACAUCCGCACCCACACUGGAGAGAAGCCGCAUGCCUGCCAGUUCCCCGGCUGCAGUAAGCGCUUCUCUCGGUCUGACGAGCUGACGCGCCACUCGAGGAUACACAACAACCCCAACUCGCGGAGAGGACACAAGGGCCAUGCCCAACACGCCAGCAUGAUCCAUAGGAUGCAGCCCGAGGCCAUGGCACCCCCCCCUGGGCCAAAGAUGAUCCGCUCGGCGCCUCCCACAGCCCUGCCGUCGCCCAACGUCUCGCCUCCGCAUUACAGCUCCUACCACCUCAACAUGCCCCCGCCGCUGAACCUAAGCCCGUACAACCGCGAUGCUCUGGGCAGCCGGAGCGGCCCGGACAUGGCCAUGUUGGCCAGGGCCGCCGGCCAGAUCGAGCGGGACAAUGCCCCCGGUCCGCACCACUAUCCGCCCUCGAGGCAGCAUCCCUACUACGGCAGCGGUCUGCACUCGGCGCGGAACCCGUUGCCCGGUCUCGGGGCGUACCACAUGUCCCGCUCGCACUCGCACGACGACCACGACGACCACUACGGGCACGGCUACAGGCAGGCCAAGAAAUCGAGGCCUAACUCGCCCAACUCGACGGCCCCCUCGUCCCCCACGUUCUCUCACAACUCGCUCUCUCCCACACCGGACCACACACCACUUGCCACGCCAGCCCACUCGCCCCGUCUCCGUCCCUACAGCGGCAUCGAGCUGCCCCCGUUCCGCAACUUGAGCCUGCACCACACCCCUGCCUUGGCCCCGCUCGAGCCCGCCCCCGAGGGUCUUGCCCCGCCUCCCCAGCCAGCGCCCAGGAGUAGCGGCAUUUCGCUGACCGACAUCAUCAGUCGGCCUGACGGCAACCAGCGGAAACUUCCAGUGCCCAAAGUGGCGGUCCAUGACCUUCUAGGCCCGACCGACGGGUUUCCCCCUAGCGGCAGGAGUUCGUCUUCCAACAGCAUUGCGGGUGGCGAUCUCUACGACAGGCUUUGA